AAAUGUUUAAAGUCUCCUUGCGAGUUUCAAAAAACUCAAGCAACCCAUUUUAGGGAAUUUUUUCUUCAUAUAAAAUUUUAGAAGAUUCAUCAUUGUUCGAGGAAUCUCAUCAGUCAAUUUUUCCUGGUGUUUCAGUUGAUGGAAUAUAGAUGACCAACCUGAGUUGACCAUCUCCAUUGUUGAUUUUUAGUGAGCUAUGGUGGAAGAAGAGAGCAUAGAAGCCAGUAGGGAAGCUGUGGAGGAAGAUGAUGAAGGUCCCAAAGGACUAUGUUACUGUUUUUCGGGUCCGAUAUAUUGGCUUAAGAUGCUUGCAGUGGAAAUGCAUUGGAGUUUCGUAUUUGGAGUUGUUGCCAUUUAUGGGAUAAAUCAGGGAUUUGGUGGGGCUCUUGCUCGCAUCGUCACAGAGUAUUACAUGAAGGAUGUGCAGGAGGUGCAGCCUUCCGAGGCUCAGGUUUACUCGGGGAUUACUUCCAUCCCUUGGAUCAUCAAGCCUAUUUGGGGGCUUCUCACAGAUGUUCUUCCAAUAAUGGGUUAUCGAAGACGGCCUUAUUUUAUUUUAUCAGGUUUGCUUGGUAUAGUGUCAAUGCUAUUAAUAUCAUUGAACAGCAAGCUGCAUCUGGUUUUUGCCCUCUUUGCAUUAACAGCCGGAAAUACGGCAGUAGCUGUAGCAGAUGUUACUGUUGAUGCUUGUGUCGCACAGAACAGCAUCAGUCAUCCUUCUCGUGCAGCUGACAUGCAAAGCUUGUGUGUUUUGAGCUACUCUAUUGGAGGAUUACUGGGAUUCCCUAUUAGUGGUGUUUUUAUACACCUAAUUGGCCCAAAUGGGGUGUUUGGAUUGCUGACUUUCCCCGCUGCACUUCUAUCUUUAGUUGGGAUUCUGCUUUCUGAGCCCCGAGUGCCCAACUUUGCCUACACUGAGGUAAACCAGAAACUCCUUGAUGCUGUAAAGGCUAUGUGGACAACAUCGAAAUGCCCUGAUGUUUGGAGGCCAUGUUUAUAUAUGUAUUUAUCCUUAGCAAUUAGCUUGAAUAUAAAUGAAGGAUUGUUUUACUGGUACACAGACUCGAAGGAGGGCCCCUCUUUCUCUCAGGAAACUGUUGGUUACAUUUUCUCAAUGGGUGCAAUCGGUGCCCUCUUGGGGGCAAUACUCUACCAAAAUGUGCUGAAGCAUCAGCAUUUGCGAGACAUGCUCUUCUGGACUCAGUUGCUAUUUGGUUUAGCAGGAAUGCUGGAUUUGAUGUUGGUGCAGCGAAUGAACUUGAAAUUUGGCAUACCGGAUUAUUUAUUUGUUGUGAUUGGUGAAGCUGUUUCUCAAAUGAUUUCACGGCUCAAAUGGAUGCCCCUUCUUGUACUAAGUUCCAAGCUUUGCCCUUCAGGUAUUGAGGGCACUUUCUUUGCUUUGCUCAUGUCAAUUGAUAACAUCGGAGGUCUUUCUUCUUCCUGGGGAGGAGGCUUGCUGCUUCACGUGUUGAAUGUUACGCGGACCAAAUUUGAUAAUCUCUGGCUGGCCAUAUUGAUCCGAAACAUAUUGAGAUUUUCGCCAAUUUGUCUGCUAUUUUUGGUACCCAGAGGUGAUCCAAACUCUUUCGUACUUCCAGUCAAACUGCCGAGCAGCAAUGAUGAAACUGAAACUCAAGAACCCGACGACAUCGAAUUGGCAUCUCCGAUUAACAGUUUUGAUGGAAAAUAGCCUAUUUAUUACAAGAAUCAUUCACAUCAACUUGGAUUGACAUGUAUAGUUGAGCUUAACGCACAAAAGAUAGCCUCUCAGUCCCAUGCAUAGGAGGUUAAGAUGGGGCUGCUUAGGAGAUUUUCUUAUUGUGGUGCCAU